AAAGGUCGGGGGGCAGAGGACGGCCCACGGCGCUCAGCAUGGGGUGGCUCCGGUCCCUCGUCUCCCCGCUCAGGAAGCUCUGGUGCAACAUGAACACCGUGCCGCGGAAGAAGAGGGGGAUCUACAUCCUGUACGACGACGUCAAGUCGUGCCAGUGCGAGGACGUGCACGUGCUGUGGUCGAUCCUCGUCGAGUCCCACGGCCUGCCGCCGCCCACGCCCACGCCCGUGCUCAGGCUGAAGCGGUGAUCGGAGCAUCGGCGCGGCGCCCCCUGAAUAAGGAACGGCCGGCACGGCGGUGUCGCCGUGUCUGGCUCCAUGGGAGGUGAACCAGUAACAGCAUGGGAGUAGCAUAUGGUAGUAUGAUUCUGAUGUAAAGCACAGUACAGGGGUUGUUUACAGUUCAUCCGGCCUUCGUCCAGCGCCUCUUUUGGAGCUGCUGCUGGGACGAGAGAGCGAGGCCACUGCGUUUGCGGCUUGACGAGUGUGGUGAUGGGCUUUCUUCGAGCGCACCCCUCUUUUGAGUUUUGGUUGAUUGACGCGUCGUUUUCUGUCUAAGACUGCACCUGGAUGCGGCUCUUUUAAAACCCCCAUUGCUCGAGUCGAAAAAGAAAGGAAAUAAUAUUCAGCAUUUAUUUUGAACUCUCA